UGUCUCGAAUUUAAGCUAUCGUGUCGUAUUUCACAGCCUUACAGGGCACUGACCUAUAUUUCUGAACGUAGCACUGUUUACAAUGUUCAUUGUGUGGCCACUAUCAAUUUAGAAUAAAAUAUACCAUUAAAAAAUGACAGGUUUACUGCCCACCUACACUAAAUACUAUAUAUUCAACACUCUCGAAUCCCUUAUAAACGUGUGGCCUUGUGUUUUCCAGAAAGCUCGUAGCUAUAGUCCCAAGCAGGACAAGGAAAUGUUUUGGCACCAAGACAGGAAGUCCAUUAAGUUCACAUUCUGAGAUCUGCAUAUCAUUCCUCGAAAGCAGGAACCGAAGCACACUGAUGUCAGCUGAUCAUGUAGGCUACUUUAGUGGGCAGAGGGACCUAGACUGCUUUUAGUGGCUCUUUCAGUCACGGUGCCGAUAACAGACAAACUUCUCUCACUGAAGGCUUGGUUUAUGGUAUUCUCUGUGAAUUUAACACGAAAAUAAAGAAUCGGCAUUUAACCAAAAUGCCUUUGAAUAGUAAAAAAAAAAACCAUCCUCAAAUUUGCCUCCAUGUGAAAAGUAGGUGUUAUGAUCUUGCGUAGAUUGUGGCGGGCUGUAUUGCAGCCAGUUCUCGGAGUGGAAUGUGCUGUCGGAUUAGCGGUAACAGCUCAAAACACAUUUUUUUGUUUUGAGUUUUAGAAGACAGCUGUGAUUAGGUCCGCUGAUAGGGACGGUGUGUGUAUAGGUCCAGGACUAGGCGCUAUCCCGGCCAGGUGAAGGGACAGGCUGGAACAGCGAUUGCGCUAAUUGCACAACUGUAGACCUUUGACAUCUGUGGACAGCUGCCAGUCAGGAGAAGUGAUGAUAAUGACACCUGCUGAUAUAAGUUGUCAUGUAUAGCUAGGACAGUUUGUUCCUGGCGACGCAGUCUCUCCUAACAAAAGGGAUUAGUAGGAUAUAUAAAAUCUGCAGUUGACAGAAUGAGAUGACAACACCCCUUGGAUGAAGGCAGAUAUUCCUAAAUCUGAGCUGUGUUUCGUUGUGCGCCAAGUACUUUGUCAGUUCGGGACUCCCUCCUCCCACAUCAAACUCUAUUUACUCUAAAAAAAAAAAUCAGAUCUCGUAGAACAUAUUUAACCAUAAAACACAACACCCUAAAUAUCGUGGUACGACCGAGAGAAGGAGGCCCGUAAAAUAAAGCCAAAAUCUUGCCUUUGAGGGAGGGGUAUCCUACCAACGGUAGGAAACAUAAGUAAUCUAACUUGCGCGCGAGAGAGAGGGAGACUCAGUCCGCUUACUCUGGGUCCGGAGUUGGAGAUUUAUUUGUGGGCUUAUUUAACUGGUUUUGGUUUCUGCCCUGCAUCAUACCGGACUUACCAUAACAGCGCGUAAUUAACUAAUCAGCAGGCAUUCAAGGCAUUGGUCUGUAACAUGAAUCAAACACAUCUUUUGCAGCACGGUCUGGAAGAUCGCACGAGGAUAUGUUUGUGUCUAUGACCGCACACAGGAGCUCCAGUUUGCGGCUUCAGAGUGAAGUUUCUUUGUAAGUGAAGUUCCGGUGGAUUAACGUGACGUGAGUGUGGUGUUCCCUGGAGGUUCGGGAAAUGUGAACAGGUAACAGUUAACAGGUUUCUAACUAAAGGCAUGGCGCGGUGAGUCACCAGGGACCGCUUGUUACGUCCUAGAAGGGGAAUAAAACAGUAGCAGGUCCCUGGCAGUACAUCCAAGGCUUUAUCGAGAUGCACACAAGGCUACGGCACUUCUGCUGCGACAACCGAUUCUAGGCUGAAGCCUCCUGUACACAGUCGGAAGUUUUUGUUGUUGUUGAAAAGUCUGUCGAAGGAAGAGUCGCCCUGAAUUUAAACAGUCUAUGCACCUUGUUAGAUUGUGCAAAUCCCAACUGAAACUUAUUUCACGAAGAAAAUAUUUGUUCUUGGAUUUGAAAGAGUGACUUUACGUUAGUUUGUUGGCAUACCGUAUGAUACAGCUAGUUUCACACAGCUAGUUUUCGGUCUGGUGACAUUCAAAUAAACUCCUUCCUGGAGGAUUUUAAUCGCACUCAGAAACAAGAAUGCUCGGACUGCGGACAAUGCCACUGCUAGCGCUCGCACUGAUGGUCCUCACCAGCGCGCGCUGCCAGAGCUCCAGCGCAAGAUUGGAAAAGGGCGCCGAGGCGGACAAAAGCCUCUACCUACGGAUAAAAGACCUGGUCAAACACGUGGAAGAAAACGGAGACACAAAAAAUGUUGCACAGUCUACAAUUGUAUUAGAAAGCCCAACGGAGCGGAGCUCGCACUACAUGAAAGAAAACGGAGAUCAAGUAAUGGAAGUGUUUCCCAGAGACCUCCGGAAAAAGGAUAAGUAUCUGAGACACAUGACAGGGCAUAUUAUUAUCUCACCCAAGUGCAGGAAGCAAUUUUUCGGGAUCUACUACUCUAGAGACUGCACCAUCAAAACCUAUUUGAAAAGGUGUGUACGGCUUCUGCAGCGAUUGGCUGGGAGUCCACGGUGUAAAGAUGGUUUAGCAAAACAGUACUCCAGCCAAACCAGACAGAUCUAGAGAAUCAGUAAAUAAAAGUGCCUUGGACAACAGCGAACACCAGUGAACCCCAAGCCACAUUCCAGCCCCUGACCUCUCAGGGCACCAAGCACAGCCCCGACGGACGGACGGAUGGACCCCAAAACAAGACAAGCAGCUCGGGACACAGACCAGGAGUCCUUCUGUAUCUCUCUCCCCAUCUGCGUGCGCUUACUGGGACUGGGGACUGGAAAAGGGGCCUAUCUCUAGGAUUCAGCGCAGCUGCCAAAAAAGACCAACUUUUCCUCUGCUUUUCAAAACUCCACGGUGAAAAGGGAUUGUUUUUUUUAAAGUAGUAUUUUUAUGAUGUGUGUGUGUGUGUCACCAGAGUACAGAUUGUGCUUCAGUCACUGGGCUGCGGACCUCUUUAACACUAACACUCUGUGUAAGUGUGCUGAAUGGCUGCAGAUCUGCAACAUGACUGAGACUGUUCCUAGUUGUUCUCCAGGAGUAGGACAUCUCCGAUACCCACCUGUAUGGGCAGACUAUGAGCAGCCCAGAACAAGGACACAAGAAGGGGGACAGGGGAACUGACUGCUUUUGCCCCAGGAUGAGAAACAACGCUGCUGAAUCAUCCAACCAAGACGACCAAACCUUUGUUGCCCCCUAACUGUAGGUGGCCAAAGCAAUUGGUCCUGAAGCCCCGGUUCCCUGCUUCUGAAGCUCAGGUACCGGUGAUCGCUUUGUGCUGAAAUGUGAUUGGUACGUUUAAGAGACGUCUAGCUGCCAGUCACCCUUCAGAAACUCUUUAACUGGAGCCCUGAGUCAGAGUAUAGAGUAUAUUUAUGUAUUCAAGAGUUUUUAUGGCUGUAUACUGCGUAAUCAUGCAAACCUUCCAACUUGUAAAUACUGUAAAGACAAAAGUGAAAAAAUUAAUCAAUGUAACACACGUAAAUUAAUGUGACUUAUCAACUGGGAGUUGACAUACAAAUAUUUAAAAUGAAAUGUAUUUAAAUAAACUAUAAGAUUGGCAUAUAAAA